UGUGUCGGAACCAUGGUCAUAUCGUUGAGAGGCAGUGAACGGCAGAGGUCUAGAGACAGCUCAGCUACUCAUUAGGGCAGAGAUACGUUGAAGUGGGAAGACGUCUCGCUGCGAGCAUUUCUGGAGGCAAAUGUUAACUUUCGGAUAGUACCGUUUGCUAGACUAUCUAGCGUUCCGGGGGGCUAGCUUUCAGCUUUCUCACGGGUGUUCUGCGGUGGAAGAAGCAAAAAUGUCGUCUCCAAGUCCGGGUAAAAGGCGAAUGGAUACCGAUGUGGUGAAACUCAUCGAGAGCAAGCAUGAAGUCACCAUCCUCAGUGGACUCAAUGAAUUUGUAGUGAAGUUUUUUGGACCACAAGGAACACCGUAUGAGGGAGGCGUGUGGAAAGUGCGAGUAGAUCUUCCUGAUAAAUACCCAUUCAAAUCACCAUCAAUAGGUACGAACUCUAAACUCUCUUUUCCCUCUCUGUUUCCCAGAUCAGGAACGGUGUGCUUAGAUGUCAUCAACCAGACAUGGACAGCCCUUUAUGAUUUGACCAACAUCUUUGAGUCGUUCCUGCCCCAGCUGCUGGCCUACCCAAACCCCAUCGAUCCCCUGAACGGAGAUGCAGCUGCUAUGUACCUUCAUCGGCCAGAGGAGUACAAGCAGAAAAUCAAAGAGUACAUUCAGAAAUAUGCAACAGAGGAGGCUCUGAAGGAGCAGGAAGAGGGGGCAGGCGACUCUUCAUCUGAAAGCUCCAUGUCUGACUUCUCAGAAGACGAGGCCCAGGACAUGGAGUUGUAGUAAUAGGAGGGUUCCCCCAUCCUGCCCCCUGCCCCCCCCCAACCCCCACAGAGACUAUAUUUGAUUUCCUAACCAUGAGAAAGCAGACUUAUAAUAUUCAUAUUUAAACAAGUUGAUUUUUUAUUAUUAUUAUUAUUAUUACUACUAAACAAGGAUUUUUAUGGAUAUAUAGCCUUUGGUGUGUUUGACCUCCCCUCCCAUUCUGUAGCUGUUUCUCCUCACACGCAUCCACGUUCUCUGCCUGUCAGUCUGCUCAUUUGUGUGGUGCGUCAUCUAAGAAGCUUCCAUGUGAACAUCUGAUUUCUCUACACAAAUCCACUUUAUAAAACUUCCUUUUUGACCUCAGUGACAUAUAAUUUCCUUUCUUUUCCCAUAAUACCAGUUGACUCUGACCAUUUUUGUUAGUUGGUCCCCAUCAGAUCAGGUUAGGUCUUACUUGCCCUCUCUGGUGUACAUCACCACAUAUUUGGGGGGGGUUUGUUUUGUUUUUUUAAAUGCACACACUGACACACAAGUGUCCGAGCACAUUUUAUAUGAAGUGCAGUGCCAAUAGACGCUAACAAAUCAACCUGGAAUACCUCUUAAGCAUAUCUCUUAAAGCAUAUUAUGAGAAUAUGAAAUAGUUUGGGUUUUUUUUUUUUAUCAUUCAGUUCAGAUUCUACAUGGACUGUUACAUUACUCUUGCAUUGCUCUUUGUUACUCUGUUGACCUGCAGCUGCCUGUAUAUGUUUGCUGACCUGUUUUAGCUGCUCUCCCUUUAAGUCAGCCUCCUUAUGAUUGGCCGCCCAUGAUAAACAGCAGGCGGAGCCUCUUGUGCUUCUAGCCAGAGCCGUGUACAUCAUGCAGAGCCAAGAGUAGGAAAACAAAAACGUAUCAAAGCGAGCAUUUAGAGCAGCCUUUUCAUGUAAUGUCCUCACUGUGUGAAACUACUUGUUUAAUUUGAGAAUCCAACAUAAUGCAUUAUAAGCAACAAUGCUAAAGAUCUGUUUUGUACAAUGUAUGCUAGCUGCACAAACUGUACAUGUAAGGUCAGUGCACACAGGCAGUGAAGACAGAAGGUAGCUCUAAUAUAGGUUUUCUUUUGUGGGCGUUCUGGUCAGACUCUCUUGGUAUUUUGGGAACUAAAAAUAGACCAGAGCUACACUUUAACCAUCUGACCGUGCAUAUGCAUUUUAUACUCCACAUCAGGAGUCACCUCAAACACACAAGCACCAGACUGUGUCAUUGUGAAGGGAGGUCUCUGUAUUACAAUCAGCUGUAUAUGUGUUUUUUGAAACACAUUUCUAGUAGUGUUAUUGGUCCUAAGGAACUUUUCUGACUAUAUAAAUAUUUUUUAAAAGGAACAGCACUAAAGUCUGUUUUAAUCUCAGUAAAAAAGCAACAAAAAUGGUCAUAUGGUUACUGAGUGGAUCUGAGUGAAAUUUAAAAGUAAUUUGUCCCCCUCCCUGUUGAGGUUAGUGUUGUAUCAGUCUUCCUCACAUUCCACUGUUACUCUGGAUUUGCUCCGAUGCAUGCUCUCCAUGUUGGUCUGACUGGUACGUAACCCCGGUGGUGUCGAGUGGACUGUCUGCUUACAAGAGUCUCUUUUUGGAUUACGAAAUACGAGCCCUGUACGUGAUAACAAAACUGUACAGAUCUGAGUUCCUAACUUUAAAAUCAAACAAAGGAACACACCUUGUGUUAUUCACUGUGGCGGGUGAAGAUGUCCAUCUAUGAUGCGUGGAAAGGAAUUGCAGUCACAUUUUUGAGUUUUGACACUUCUGUGGUUUUUUUUAUUUUAUUUUUUAUUUUUAUUCCUUUCUCUACUUUAAUUUCUUGCCAUUUUUUUCCCCCAGUUGGGGGGUGGUCAGCGCGCUUGGUUUGUUUUUUAAUCUUUUUUUUUUUUUUUUUUGUACAGCGUAUACCUUGUACAGUAAAAAGACACCUCUCUGUAGCCUCAUGAAAAUUCAGUGUUAACCCAAAAACACUGACUUAGUGUUGCUCACGGAGGCUAACGCGGCAGACGGACUACCUAGAAAACCUUGAAAUGUAUUCACUUCGUAGAUUGCAGUAAGAAUCACUGGUCGCUUUGUGGCGGAUUGUGGAUCCCAAGUGAAAGAUUGAAGGCAGAAUUCCACUUGGGAGGUCACCUCAUCACCUCUGAUUUCGACUCCCUCUUCUGUGCCUCGUCGUAAAAAGGAAGUCCACAAAAACCACGUCUUCAAAAAGCCAUGAAGGUCAUUCAUUUAAAAGUUAGAAAGGCACAUCGCUUUAACCUACAGUCUUCUCCUGUUUCUGCGGUUUGAUCCUGUACAAUUUGUGAUUCGACAUCUAAAUUUUCAGUCUGUUGACAAUUAGGGGAAUUACCCAGGGCUGCGAAUGGCAUUAGGGUUUAUUUGUGCUAAUGUAGGAUUGUUAGACUUGUAUGGCUCAGGUUUGAAAUUUAGUUGGGCUGUAUCUUGGAUAGUGAAUAACAUUUUCACCCAGGUGAUACUGAAAGGAUGGAAAUCAUGCUAAUGUUUGUUGAGCAGUGUUUUUGACAUGUCACGAUAGUUAGUUUUACCGACUUCAACGAAACAUUUGCUACAUGGCUGUAUUACAGAUAGCGUUACAUAGUUUGGUAUACUUACCUGAUAAAGCAUCGAUGCGUCAUCUGAUUCUUAGUCUGUUUUGUGGUUAUAUGUGAGAUGCCCCAUAAACAUGCCUGCUCGUCAUCGUCUUUCAGAUUCAGAGUUGUACAGGGGUGUGUGUGAGCGUGAGAGAGAUUUCAAUCUAGGAUGACCUGUAGUGAGCCUGAUAGAUCUAACUGUAUUGAAAUCUAAAGUGUGGUUCAGCCCUUUUCAAGACGUUGGGUUUUCUCUAUAAGCAUGAUCUAUAACAUAGUUCUGUGCUCUUUCGAAUGCAGACGUCUCCAUGGUUUGUUUUUAAUUUAUCUGAUCAGUUUGACCGCUUUGAACCCGGGAUUGUUAUUUCUUUAAUCCGCCCUGAGGAUGUUUUGAAUGUCAGCUUGGGUUAGCUCUCGGCAGAGUUAACCUUUGCUAUAGUUGACACAUUCAAGGCAGUUGAAAGCAAAGUGAAUGUUAUACAUUAUUUUGUGGUGAGGUUUGUGAUGCACAUCAAAAGCUAAACCUUACCCAUGGUGUGUGUGUGUGUGUUUGUAUGUUUGUUUGUUUGUUUCCCCCCCAUGCAGCAAAAUAAAGAAAAAUUGUGUAUUCGCACAGAGAGGGACCCACGUUUUUGUUUUUUUUGUUUUUUUAGGAUUUUAAACUUGGUCCCUGUUGGUUGAGCUGUGGUUCAGCAACACUGAUAAGAAUUUCAUGUUAAGGUUUUUGGGGGGUUUUUUGUAACAAGCAACUCAGAAAUCUUGUUUUACUUGACAUCUGUGCAGUAUUGUACUAAUAAUGUACUAGAUCCAAGGUGACAAUUGUAAUAAAAAUGGCACAUUAUGUUGCAGCAGUG